AGGAGAAGAAAGAUGAAGUAGUGAAGAUAAAGAUUGGAAUAAUUGAACUCGACGGUAAAAGACUUAAAAUAAGAAGAUCUUCUUUACUUCCUGUUGAUGUUCGAAAAUCAGAUACAUUAGUUCCUGUAAAGAAUGCCGGAGUUCAGAAACAGCUUGCCCACAACAGACAUCUCAGAGAUCAUAAUGAAACUGAGUGGCUUUUACUUUACCCUGAUAUGGAUAUCGUGGGAAAUAUUCCAGGAAGCAGUGAAAAAUUCUCUGUGGAAAAAUAUAAAAAUGAACUUGGACGUCCAUACAGUCGAGUAAAUUUGUACAUUUGCAAAAUGCUUGAUUUUGAAGUAGCCAAUGAUUUGACUGAAGACCUCAAGGAAACGGUUGUUCCAGAUACUGCUGAUGUUUUUGAAGAUAAUUCUGUGCAAGAAAAUUCUUCACAAAUUAUAUGUGAACUGGGAAAUUCUCAACAAGUCAAUGCAACACCAGAUAAUUUUGUGGAAGUUAAUCAUGCUCAUACCAAUGCUGUUCCAGCUAGUCUUGCAAAAGCUAGUCUAGUGGAGGCCAGCCAUGUUCAAACAAAUCCUGUUCCAAGCAAUGUUGUUAAUGUUGAUAAUAGUUGUGUGGAAGCUGUUUCCUUUCAGGUUGAUUCAUUUUCAGUUGAGCAAAUCAUUAUGGAACCAGGUGAAAUGCCUGCGCAAAUUUUUCAGGAUGCAGAUGUAACUGAAUCCCUACUAGAUAUUAUUGAACCAGAGCCAAAUCUUGUACAACCAGCUCAAGUUAAUUUACCCGAGGAACAAUUGCAUGUGCUAGAUCUGCUAAUCCAUCGCACAACCCUUUUGAAAGAUAUGAUAACAGAAUUUUAUAAUCCAAAUGUAUUGAAAUCUACUAUAUUUUUUAAAGUAGUUGAUGCAAGAGGUAUGUUUGAGGAGGGAGAAGGAAGAGGUGUUGCACGUGAUCUUCUUACAGAGUUUUGGCACCUUUUUUUAUCAGUCAUUAUCUAUUGGAGCAUCUACCAAGGUGCCAGCCAUUCGUCAUGAUUAUCAAAAGCUGGAAUGGGAGGCAGUGGCUAGAAUCAUGUUGUAUGGCUACUGCAAAGAAGGAGUGUUCCCCAUUACAUUGUGUUCAGCUUUUGUUGCAUGUACUCUCCAUGGUGAAGACAGUGUUUCUUGUGAAGUGCUGUUAAACUCUUUCAUGGAGUAUAUGGCUGAAGACGAGAGAGAAGUGGUUGAUAACUUAAUGAAAAAUCGAUCACAGAUAUGU